AUGCUCAAUCUCCUGCUAGGGGUCCGAGUGUGCCCCUUCUGCCAAGGCCAGGGGUACUUGGACAGUAACCGAGGACGUGACGGCGAAGACGGCGAGCGAGGGAACGGCUCGGAAGAGGGCAGGGCGUAG